AUGGAGGCUUUUCGAAACAGCACUGGCUUCCAGAAAUCCUCUUCUCGACUUCGUCUACCCACUCCAUCUAAUGUCUUCUCACGAGGAAAGAAGAAGCGUCCUGUGAUCUCUGGCCCGAUUGGACCUGUCAAGAACUCUCGAGGUCCUGACUUCACUCGAAGCGAAACCCUCAUCAUUGUUCCCACCAUCAAGGAUUGCAGUGGCUCGGACGAGUCCUUGUCAGACAAAGAAAACGUUGAAGCUAGGAAAGCAACUCGACGACUCUCUGCUAGCUUCUCGGCACAUGGAUCACUUGCUAGUCCCCCUACUGUCGCCAGGUCUGGGCUGACUGCAACUUCGAGUUGCAAUCUGAACGCAGCCUCUUGUUUAACUUCAACAAAGACACGCAUACCAACAACCAAAUUUCAUCUGCCCACAACAAAGAGAACCCUGAGCUCCCCGAAGCCUGGCCUCACUACUUCAUCUUCGCAUCAGUACCUUUCGAGUGCUGCCCCAGUCAAGCCUUUGCCGACAACCAGCUCAUUCCACUCCAUCUAUGAGGACUUGAGCCUCGAGUCCACUGUCCAAGACGAGAACGUCCCCCCCUCCGACCAUAAAAAGUCAGCUCCCCCGGAACAUGCUUAUCAGGGCACCUUUCAGAAGAACAAAAGUCAUCUUCCAAAGUCACGAACAUUGGCCGUUUUGAGCGAUCUUAAAACAUCCAUCUCCCGAUCUUCACUCAACUCUAAAUUCUCCUCCUCCCGCGAUUCCGAUGACCCAUCGUCUCGCAAAACAUCUGCAUCUUCAACAAGUAGCCUAUUCGUAUCGACUACCUCACGACUUGGAUUAUCGCGAGCAUCUCUAGUUUCUCGAUCUAGCAGCAGUUCCGGCACCACGGCGACAGAAGUGCAACCAGAUCCCAGCCAUAUCACCACAUCACAACCAUCUGCAUAUUGGUCCGGGCGCUUUGUUUCUCUGCAUGAUCGUUUCUUAGCCGAAGAAUACAGCAAUGGGGAGUCCAACGCCUUGGACUCGAGUCCUGGGCAUCCCUUUCAGUACCACGCAAUGACCACCGAUCGCGUGGCUGUCAACUCUCGUCCGACUCACCUCUCCCACUCCACCACCACAUCGGCACUUACAAGCCUAACUGGAACAAAGCCUCGCACCCCACCAUGCAAUAAGGAUGCUAGAUGCCUGCGAAUUUUUCAACACCUUGAAAGCCUUUGUACUACAAGCGAAGCACGCCGGUCACUGGUAGCCUGGCAGCAGUCAUAUGCCCGUCGUGUGGGAAAGCCACAACUCCUCCCUCAGGGGGGUCGCAUGGAGGACAAGAGUCUGAUGGGCAAGCUUUUUGGCACAAACCCCAACAAAGGAGGAAGGCGAAGCCUCCCAGUUAUGAGCGAAUCUCGCGUACCAAUCGCCAGAAAGACGAAGCCAGUUCCUGUGGUUAGAGGACGCGGGAAGCGGGUUUCCAUCAACUGA